AUGCUCCAUUCAUGCCUGCCCUUUGAUGAUUUUUUUCUCUCUCUUUCAAUAACGUUAUUAACUUUAUCUCUCUCUCUAUUCACUCCUUUUGCUUCUGCUUACACCUAUGAAGAUCUAGGCUGCUACUCCUCUCUACCUGAUGGCUACGUAUCUAAAGGCACCUACACUUUUCAGACUUCUGGUUAUUGUCAGGGCCAAUGUCUGGACUAUCCGUUCUUUGCUUUAACGAAUGGAAACAAAUGUCUUUGUGGUGAUGAAGCUCCAUCUGGUGAUGCUGAUGGCACCUGUACCAGUUCCUGUACAGGUUAUGGCACCUUAACUUGUGGUGGUAAAACUUCCUAUGAAAUCUUUGGCGACCUAUCCGCCGUUGAUUCUUCUGAUACCUCCACCAUAACAUCAACAACUUCAAGAUCCACAACAACUACCUCUAAAUCAACAGAAACAACCACAAAGGAGGAAGACACCUCUGAUGAUGAUGAUGAUGACUCCAACUCAAGCACGAAAACUCAAGAUGAUCCUCUGAUUACCGAAUCCCAGUCAACUUUUGUCUAUUUAACCACCCAGCUAACCACCGCUGGUGGAACUCAAGUAGUCUAUGUCACAUACUCAAAAACCGCUGUCACAACUUCGGUUGUCACAACUGUUUCUGACGACGAUGACAGCAGCAAUUCAAAAUCAAAACUAAUAGCUCCAAUAGUUGGUGGCAUUUGUGGUGGUGUGGUGGCUCUUGCUGCUCUACUAUGCGCCAUUUAUUUCAUUAGAAGACAAAGACAAAAAGACAGAGACUUGUUGGAUGCUGAUGCUAAUAUCAUUGCAACAAUGAAAAGAAAUGAAAAUAACCGCCUAGGAACUGAUGAUGACGAUGGAAUGAUCAUGCCCCCUCCUUCAAACUACGGUAAUGCAAACAACAAUAGUCUAAAUAACAGCAUCAUCGACAGAACUCUCGACAACAAUGUCCACACAAAUAACAAUUCAACUGCCCUUAAUUCCCUUGAUAGUUUCAACACUACAAACAAUCCUAUCAAUAACAAUGAAAAUAUCAGCAACAUUAAUACCAAUGAUAGUCAUCUAGCAAAUCCCUUCUUAGACCCAAGAUCAAACUCAGGUUUUGUUGGAAAUCCAAAUAAUCUAUCCGCUGAUGAUCGUAGUAGUAGGGUAUCAAUAGGAAGUCUUCCCCCUGAUGACUAUACAAGACCAAGAUUAAAAGUUGCAAAUCCUGAUAAUUUAUAA